AUGCCUGAUCCUGCCCCAGAAAACGAGUCUGCUGGUAGUUCGAGAUAUUCAGAUUCGUCGGCAACGUAUGUCCACUACAGACGACGCAUUCCGGUCGAUAAAUCCCUUAACGUUACCUUUUGCGAAAGCGACACUUCAGGUGACGAGCUCGUUAAUUCCGAAUCUUUCAGAACCUCCCACAGUCGAAAGUAUUCGCCACCACCACCACCACCACCACCACGACGCAGCGCUCCUAAAGUGGGGGAUCCACCCAUUCCAAGACUGUCACGAUCUUUAAGCAAUUUUGAUCAGACAUUAGUACCGAAGGGAGGAUUUAUACAGCUUCCAAGCAGGUACGAAGCGGAGUCUAAGGGGCACGCAUCGUCAAAUCCCGCUUCAUCGCCACCCAAGCCCACGCCUCACAUUCGGUAUCCGCCAGUACCAGACAUGAGUAGGCCAAGGCCCUCGUCUCCUAAUCCUGUGUCUCCUCAUUAUCGCGGAUCCCGUCCUAAUUCUUACUAUGGUCAACCACCGGAUUAUCGUUAUGUGUCUGUAAGAGAGAGGAACUCGAGGACUUACUCUCCGUCGCCACCGCCUCCACUUACUCGCGACCAUCAAAACUCUCGUUACGUGAUAAGAGAGGUAGAAACAAGAACCUAUUCUCCAUCGCCUCCAUCGCCUCGCAUUCGGGAGACUUAUCAUCCAGAUAUGUUUCGGUUGGAAGCUGAGCUCGAGCGGUAUAGAGCUAGGGACGAUAACUUCCGAUUCACUCGUCAACAAGAAAUAAGAGAGGCAGAAAUCCGGAAGGAAGUCGAAGAGAAUUACAAAAUUCAGCUUGAAGAGAGAAAACGUGUUCGGGAGGAGGCGAAGAAGGAACUUGAGCAAGCAAGACUUGAGGCAGAGAAGGCUGCAAGGGAGAAACUGGAAACAGAACGCAAAGCCGAAGAGGCCGUACGUAAGCGAGAGGAAGACCAAGCUAAAAGGUUGGAACGGGAGAUCAGACUCAUGGUCGAGGCAGAAAAGCAAGCAGAGGAAGCAGAGAAAAAAGCGAAGGCUCGGAUGGAAGAGAACCUCGAACUACUGAUGAAAACAAAGAUGGUGGAGAAGUUUGACGAUCUUUUGGAAACUGCAAAAGAAAGGCUCCAGGCUCCUGAAAAGCCAAGUCCUUCUCAGAGAGUCCCUGCCAGGUCCACAACACGCGAAAAGUCGAAGUAUGAUGUUUCUGACGGUUAUACCGUUGAUGUCAACGAGGUACCUUACAGAGAUCAGUCAUCGCGGCCUGUGCCUAGCAAGCCAGCUAGUUAUUCUUACACUACUUCUUCCAACAGGCCUGAGAAGGACACUCUGUCCCCCAGUGAAGAUGAAUGGGAAAAAGUCCCUAGACCGGUUCCUGUCGAGGUUCCAGACCCUCCAAGCUUUGAAUUCGAUAGUGAGGAGGAGGAUAUUCCACAUCCGAACUAUUCACGAACACCCCGCUGGCCUCAACCCUACCGUGACACGAGCUCUCGGUCUAGGGGAAGGACUCGACACCGAAGCCACUUAAGUGGAAUAUCACGCUAUUCACAACAAUCUCAGGAUUAUCAGACUCCUAUGUCCCCGGACAUGGUUCAGCAGAUAGCUCGUGCUGUUGCUGAUAUUUUGAGGGAACCGAGCUACGAAGAUUUCAUGUCUCAACGAUCCAAUCAUACCGACCCGCUUCGACGCUACUCUUCGCGAAGUACAGAGCGCUCAAUGAAACCUAGUGAGAAUUCCAAUCGUGAAGAUUACGACAUCGAGAACAGAAAGCGAAGCCACUAUAGAGACAAUCGAGAGAGACAACAGCAAAAGGCCAGACUCAAAGGCGCAACAAGCUCUUCUGACAAGGAGCUUGAUAAGAUACCAUCGAUCGCAUCGAUCUCAAGACUUCGGCAUUUGCCAAUGAGAGAGAAUAAACCGCCAAGAGAAAUUCAAGACACUUCAGAUCUUGUUGAAGAUGGUCACUCACUAAACUACAGCAAUAAUACAGGGGUAGGAGUCAGCGGGGUCAAGAUCUCAGUCUCGGAUGCUCAGGGACUCACAAAUGAUCUAGCUGAAGAUAAAAGAUACCGAGAUGGAGACGGGAUGGAGAUCACCAAUAGUGAGUCGAUGACACAGGUUAAUUCCGACAUUUUAGUUGGGGGUUCUAAGAUGGAAGGACAUAGAACACCGUCGCCUUUUAAGGCUUACGACCCAGAGAAAGAUGGAAAUCCCACUGGCGGGUUAUUAAAGACGGAAACAGCGAGGGACCUAUAUUGUAGGACGAUUGGUCGUGGAAAGCGAAAUGAUUACGUGAUUGGUUCUUACGGAGGUAUAGUGAGGUCUUGGCCACAAACGGAUGCCUCGGACGUUGAGUAA